GUGUUCACUGCGUCACCCGGGUCAAAGUGUCAUUACGCGUAAAACUCCGCCUUAAACAAACUUGCGCCGGUUCUCAUCGUAAACUCUCGGUUCUGCGCGAAGCUCGGGUGUGUUUCGGAGUGUUUUGUCAGCCGCUGUUCGAGGGGUCUCUAGAGGAAGCGCGCUGCGAGGAUGGAGAGCUCAGGUGACCCCAGCGGUGCUCCCCGGACGCCUCAUGUAGGGGGAGCCAGAGGGCUGCCGAUGGGUCGCCGGCUGCCUGCGUCCAUCUCUCCGGGACGCCUGCCCACAAUGCGCUCCAGAGACCUCACGUUAGGAGGAGUCAAAAAGAAAACCUUCACGCCCAAUAUUAUCGGUCGAAAAUCAAAAGAGGAAUUAAAAGCUGAUGAACGAACGAGACGGGAUAAGAAGGAUGUGGAUCGAGGUCGUCAGCGGGACGGCCGAGGGAGGGGCCGAGGUCGCCCGGAGGUCAUCCAGUCACAUUCUAUCUUUGAGCAGGGGCCUGCAGAGAUGAUGGCCAAGAGGAAAGGUGUAUACGAUGAUACCAGAGAAACGGCAAACAGCGGCCCUUCACCCAUCAUUAACAUCAAAAAGGAGAGAGAGACCGAAGAGGAGACCAAAGAAAUCCUGCGCAAACUUGAGAAGGACAACUUUCUGGAUGACCCACACCUGAGAGGAGAAAGAGGAAGCUGUCCAGUGCAGCUGCCCCUGGCUGUGUCAGGAUGGGUCUUCAAAGAGGAGUUCAGCGAGGAGACGCUCCAAUCAGAAAAGACCUCCUCAGAUCCUGAACCGAUGAGCACCGACAGCGCUGGAGCCGAAGUCAAGAUCAAGCAGGAGCCUUUGGAUAUUCCUGAAUCGAAGAAGGCGGAGCCUGUGUUCAGGCCGCCACCCUUGCCCAAACCUGAUUUGCUGCCUGAUUUACUGGAGGUGUGGAAUCACUGCAAAGAGGAGGAGCUUCUCUUCAUGCAACUUCCUGACUCUCUGCCAGGCCAGCCGCCCACCAGUGACGUCCGGCCCACCAAAACAGAGGUGCAGUCGAGCGACGGACAGGAAGUGAUGCAGAAGACCGAGACUCAGGAGGAGUCUCAAGAUGAGAACACCUGUAAUCUUAAGGAUCUCCAGGAGGGUUUGGUGGGCAAGAUGCUUGUGAGGAAGUCAGGCAAAGUGCAGCUUAUACUGGGUGACAUCACCCUGGACGUGGCCCUCGGGACCCCCUGCGCCUUCCUGCAGGAACUGGUCUCUGUUAAUACAGAGGGCAGGAGAGGAGACAUGUCUGUGCUGGGACACAUUAAACACAAGUUGGUUUGCUCACCAGACUUCCAGGCUCUUCUGGAAAACAGGGCUUGAGCAGCGGCUGCUAGAAACCCCAGUAAUUCACUUCAGUGCUGUAAAUCGAUUUGUGCGGAAAUGUUCCUGCGUACCGUCACAGAAGGAGAACUCGGAAUGAAAAAGAUGAAAUAUAUUUAUACUGUACGCUCAAAGAAAGUUAUUCAAAUUUAUGCAAUGUCUUUUCAACACGAGACACUAUUACACAUGUAAAUAUUGUGGGCUACAAUAAGUGACACAUCUAUUGUAGAAAUAUGGGUUUGAGUUGAACAUUAAGUUAAUAAAUGUGCCAAAAAAUGUG